AUGUCUCAAAGAAAUUAUGCUUUGGAACUCAUCUCUAAGUCAGGGCUAGGGGGAGCUAAGCCUGCAGGAACACCCCUUGAGCUGAAUCAUAAGCUAAAUUCUGAGGAGUAUGACAAGGUUGUAGCAAGUGUAGGAAGCUCAAAAGCUACAAAUGCAACACUCAAGGAUCCAGGCAUUUAUCAAAGGCUUGUAGGGAGACUACUUUACCUGACUAUGACUAGACCAGACCUAGCUUUUGUGGUUCAAGUCUUGAGUCAGUACAUGCACAAUCCCAAGGUGUCUCACAUGGAAGCAGCCUUGAGAGUGGUAAAGUACAUUAAAGGGGCUCCUAGGCUAUGGCUCUUUAUGCCAGCACAUAAUGCUAAUCAGUUGUCUACAUACUAUGACUCUGACUAG